AUGUCCGCCUCACGCAACGCCGAUGCAGUCAGCAACCAGCCGGGUCAAUUCGGCUCUCACAUCGAACGCGAUGAGCCCAUGCGUGAACCAAAGCACAAGCCUGGCGUCCUAGUCGGCAACGACGCCGCUCCAGAGUUCAGCGCCAAAACCCUUCCUCCAGGCUCUGCCCCCGCCGACCGCACCUUCAAACCCAACCCUACAUCCGAAGUGCCAGGCCAGGCCGACAACUCAUCGGUCGAGCGUGAUCACGGUAAAGAAUCCACCAAGACGACUGCAUCCUCGACCCUCGGCGGAGCUACCUCCGGUGAUGUGCACACGGGCAUGGGUCACCCCGGACAAGGACAGACGAGCAAUGAGCUGAGGCACGACGGAGAACACACGAACAAGAAACAUGGAGGUGGGCUGGCGGGCGUGGGAGCGAGUGUGGGGAGCAGCAACCAAAUGGUCGAUAAGGACACGCAGCCAAAAGAGAGGGCCAUCGAGAAGGAAGAGGGGAAGUUUGCAGGGACGAGGGGAGAUAAGGGGGAGGAUUACCCUCAGCCGCCGGCGCAGAAUAGGGAGCCUGAGAGUGCUGAGAGCUUGUAG